AACCAUUUCUUUCUUCACUUCAAUCAUGGUUCUUCUGGUACUACUUAGCUGUCAAGUGUCCAACUUUCAUUCUCUCACUCUCUUUUACUACAUACUUAUGAUCAUUACUAUUAUUUACUUAUGUUGUAUGAAUUGGUAUUUGCAUGAUACUGCACCAGCCUUUUUCGAUCUAUUCUUUUAAUCAGGGGAGAUUUUAUGAGAUUAUGAAAGAUUCACAGUGCAAUCUUUCUCAUGAUUACAAUUGAAAGAGAGGGGGAUUCUAAACAUUAGUUUUACUAUCAAAGAGAGAAUAUAGGCUUUAGUCCUCAAGCCUCGAGUUUCUUUCUCAUGAUCUUUUAGCAUUUCCCGACUUCAAUAACUGUUGUGUCAAUUUUAUAGAAAUAAUUAUGUUCAUCAUGACAAAUUGUUGUUUCUCAAUGCAUAUAAUUAUUAGAUUCAUAUUCAUGUAAGGAAUGUUGUCAUUUGUGUUAGGAGUGGUUAGAAAUUAUUGGUUGCACUUGUCCCACCAUUAGCCACUAUUCACGUGACUUAAAGGCUUGGAUUAACUACAACAACAACAACCUUAGAUGAAUGAAAUCCAAUCUUUAAAUAUAUGACUACUUUUAGAUUUUAAAAGCACUUAAUUGAAAACCAACUCUUGUUCUGCCUCUCCGGACAGCAAGCCCCAUUCCUUUUUACUUGUUUAAGUUUGUUUCUUCUGACAAGGUAUAGUAUUCAAUAAGAUGGACAUAGAUACAAAAGUGUACCAAUAGGAUUAUCAUACAAGUUUGUCUUUACUUUUUUUAUUGGCUAUAAAGCUAACUGUGCUGAGCAUCAUGUUUAUGUGAAGCAUAAUCUCAUAGAGAAGUGAGCUCUUGCCUUCAAAGAUACAAGUUAAGAAACUGAAUGACAGAAUUUCUCUUCAAAUUAACUUGUAUUUAAGAGAUCUUACAAGUCGCAGCCUCAUCUGAUUUGGCUUCCAUGACACUUGUUAUUUGCUGCCAGAAAUUCUUUAUCUUUUCCUUUUCUCAUUAGAAGAACAAAAGCAAAACAGAUUGAAAACUAAGGAAAAAUUAGUGAUAGAUAUCAUGAGCGAUUUAAAUAGUGAAAGUUCAAAGGCGUGGAACAUAUACACAGCUUCAAACCCAGGUCCAUCACAAACAGGAGUUGAUGAGGAAGGUCCAUGGAAUAACUUUGGGACAUCAAUGAGUGCUAUUUCUCUUGGAUUUGUUGCCACAGCCAUUUUGAUUUCAAUGUUUCUAAUAAUGGCCAUAUUUGAACAUUUAUUUAAACCUAGCCAACAGUUUUCCAUGCUGAGAAGGUAUCAGGAGAACUCAGUAGUACCAACCAGAAAACAAGGAAAUGCACAACCCGCUUCCUCACCUUAUGCAGCAUCUGAUUUCUCAGUGUUGAUGCCAGGGCAGCAGUAUCCUACAUACAUAGCCCAACCAGCUCCUCUGCCUUGUCCAAGGGAAAGGAUUUAUUGGCCUUCUCACGAACGUCAAUUUGUAUUUAAUUAAGAGAAAAUUUUGAUAACCUACAAAUAUUAUCAGUGAAUUUCUGUAAACAGAUUCUUAGAGACCCACCAAGUUGUGUUAUUUCAUGCAUUAUGAAGCGGGCACAUUAUGAAGCCUGAACCCUUCAUAAUGUUUUACCUAUGUUCUCUUUGCAAAAUGACAAACUUCACAUGCAUUGUUCUUGGUACACCAUAAUUCUUUCAACAGAUGGGUGACUUGAUCUCAUAUGCCACAAAUUAGUAUCUACAACAAAAGAAAUACUUUUGACACAGGAAAUGAGAUGUGUGUGGUGUGGGAGAUUUUGGCUGGGGGAGGGUAUAUACAGGCCAUUUUACAUUCUAGUUGCACCAAUAAUCUUUAAGGCAUUGGAAUGCUGAAUUAGACAUGAGUGAAAGUGAAAAGUUAGUGUACAAUUUAAGGUGGAAACUAAAUUAGCUUUGUGAUUGAGAGGAGGUUAAAUUGGAAAUUAGGCAAAAAUAGAGCAUGUGUUAAUACGAGAGAUGAAGAAAUAUGUAUGACCACAAAAUAGAUGGCAAUAACAUAAGUGCCAUUUGGAAGAUUAACUAAAUUUGGCGUUUUCUCUUAUAGGCAGAUAACCAUGUAAGAGAAACACAAAUAUUGUCUAGGAUCUACUCCAUUGGAGUUGCAUUACCAUAUCAGUGUCUU